UUUUUUCUUUGUUUGCUUACCUUCUUGCCGCCGUUGCAAGUUUUAUUCUUACGGUCUCCCUCUUUCAGCAAUAGCAGCUUUUCAUUCUGCAUGCCUUUACAGGUUUGCCGACAGUAGCAGCACAACAUCUCCGCCGCUGUCAAUCUUCAGCUUCGGCCAUUGCAGCUUCGAUUCUGAAAUUCAGUUAUGCAUAUUACUUAGAUUCUGGCUUGAGCAACCAAACUUUCCUAAGCGUUUGUUCCUUAUAUAUCCGUAACAAUGGGUGCUAAAAAGGAGAAUAGCGACGACGAGAUGGACGAGAAAGUAAAGAAGUAUCUUAGAGGAGAAGCUGCUAAUUUAGAGGGUUUAAAAGACAAGAAACUAAAGGGCCAACUUGCUGUAAGAGAAGAUUUGUAUGGGAAAUCUGCAAAAACUGCUGCCAAGAUUGAGAAAUGGCUUUUGCCAAGUGAGGGUGGCUAUUUGGAGGCAGAGGGUAUUGAAAAGACAUGGAGGAUCAAGCAAGAAUCUAUUGCUCGUGAGGUUGAUAUCUUAAGCUCAAGAAACCAGUAUGAUAUUGUUCUACCAGAACUUGGUCCAUACACACUAGAUUUCACCUCAAAUGGUCGAUAUAUGGCGGCUGCUGGACGCAAGGGCCAUCUAGCUAUUGUUGAUAUGAAGACAUUAAACUUAAUUAAGGAGAUUCAGGUUAGAGAAACAGUGCGGGAUGUAGCGUACUUGCAUAAUGAACUAUUUUUUGCUGCUGCUCAGAAAAAAUACCCUUAUAUUUACAAUCGUGAUGGAACUGAACUCCAUUGUUUGAAGGAGCAUGGUCCAGUACUGAGACUCCAGUUUCUGAAAAACCACUUCCUCUUGGCGUCCAUAAACAAAUUUGGGCAGCUUCGUUAUCAGGAUGUUACGAUGGGCAAGAUGAUAGGCAAUUUCCGGACUGGUUUAGGCCGCACUGAUGUUAUGCAGGUCAAUCCAUUCAAUGGAGUUGUUGCAUUAGGUCAUUCAAGUGGUACCGUAACUAUGUGGAAGCCCACCAGCUCAGUCCCACUUGUAAAGAUGCUGUGUCAUCCAGGACCUGUCUCGUCAUUGGCAUUCCAUCCCAAUGGUCAUCUCAUGGCUACAUCCGGAAGAGAGAAUAAAAUCAAGAUUUGGGACCUGAGGAAGUUUGAGGUUAUCCAAACAUUGCCAUGCCAUGCGAAGACCUUGAAUUUUAGUCAGAAAGGCUUGCUUGCUGCUGGAACUGGAUCAUUUACACAGAUUUUAGCCGAUUUUUCUGGAUCUCAUAAUUAUAGCAGCUAUAUGACUCAUUCUAUGGCAAAAGGUUACCAGGUAGGGAAAGUUUUGUUUCGGCCAUAUGAAGAUAUUCUGGGUAUAGGGCAUUCCAUGGGAUGGUCUAGUAUUCUUAUUCCGGGAUCUGGGGAACCCAAUUUCGAUUCUUGGGUGGCAAACCCAUUCGAAACAUCUAAACAGAGGCGAGAGAAGGAAGUGCAUUCUCUGCUUGACAAGCUUCCCCCUGAAACCAUAAUGUUGGAUCCAACCAAGGUCGGUACUGUGAGGGCACAACAAAAGAAAGAGAAGCCAACGAAGGAGAUAGAAGGUGAAAUGGAAGCUGCCAUUGAAACUGCCAAGGAUACGGAGUUUAAAAAGAAAACUAAGGGAAGGAACAAGCCAAGUAAGAGAGCAAAGAAGAGAAGAGAGAUGAUCGAUAGAGCCAAGAGGCCGUUCUUGGAGAAACAAACACAGGAACAUGAAACGUCCAGAAAGAAGCAGAAAACCGAUCCGGAAACCGAAAUGCCAAAAAGUUUGCAGCGGUUUGUUCGUCAAAAGGCAACAUGAUUAUCUUCUAUACGAUUUGCAUCAGCCAUUCUGAAAGGUCCACUGUUCUCAUGUUUCCCGCAAUUCUGAGCUCAUUUGACCAAAAGAGAAGUAUUGGAACCAGGUGGAGGUGGAGACCAUUGAAGUCUAUUCUCACUGGUCUAUACAUAGAGAAAUGGAAGUUAGAUUUUGCUAAUUUUGGGUUCAAUUGCUUAUUUAUGUUGUGCUUAGCAUGUAACUUAUAUUUUGCAGAAUGAAGACUGUUUUAGCUUUUCAUACCAUGUUUGUUUUGAGUUGAGAUUGGAUGGAUUUUUCAGUAUUAUUGCU